CAAAACUGGUGUUUAAUUACUUUUUAACAAUACUUUUUAAUGCUUUUCUAAUACAAUAUAACAGGCAUCAUUUUCUUCCUGAGCCAUGUUUCCAUUACUGAUAUUCUCAGGUUUCUUUAGCCUCACACUGUGUGCCCCUCAGUAUGUCUUUGUCAGUGAAUCCAAGACUUGGGGAGAAGCUCAGAAAUACUGUAGAGAUAAAUACACUGAUCUGGCCACCGUUGAAAAUCAACAACAGACGAUUCAGUUAUUGGACACAGUGAAUAAUGAUUCCAUUGAUUUGGCCUGGAUUGGACUCUAUGAUGAUCUGAACAGUUGGAAAUGGACUCUAGAGGACAGUGAUUUCUUCGAUGUGGGAGAGAAAGACUUUAGGAACUGGUAUAAUCCAGGACCAAUCAAUUAUGGAGGACAAAGACUGUGUGUUUCUAUAUACAAUGGGAUAUGGUAUACAGCACUCUGUUCUAAUUUGAUGUAUACAUUCUGCUAUGAUGGAAGAGAAAAUGCCACUGCUAGUUAUGUUCUCAUUUACGAGUACAGAACCUGGGCUGAAGCUCAGAGUUACUGCAGAGAACAUCACACAGACCUCAUCAGUAUCAGAAAUGAUGCUGAAAACCAAAAGAUUCAGUAUUUAUUACGAAAUAUUCAUUAUAACUAUAUUUGGAUUGGACUGUACAGAACCUGGUCUUGGUCAGAUCAGAGCAACUCUUCAUUUACUUACUGGAGCACAUAUCAACCCGAUUCUACAGAAUCCUGCACUGUAGUGUCAUUUAGUGACUCUGGGAAGUGGACUUCUACAUACUGCUAUUACGCCUAUCCUUUCUUUUGCUACAGUGAAUCAGCAUCAUCCCGUCAGUAUCACUUUGUGUCUGAGUCUAAGAGCUGGACUGAAGCUCAGACAUACUGCAGACAGAAUUACACUGAUCUGGCCACCAUUGAUAACAUGGAUGAAAUGAACAGACUGAUUAACACAGUUAAUGGGAGUUACAGCGGCUCAGCCUGGAUUGGACUGUAUGAUGAUAUAAACAGCUGGAGAUGGUCACUGGAAAACAAUGAUUUCUAUCAAGAAGGAGAGAGAGAUUUCAGAAACUGGUAUCAUGAACCAGACAAUAGUGGGGGAAACGAACUGUGUGUUUACAUGAAUUAUAAUGCAAAAUGGUAUGAUAUCUCAUGUGACAACACACUGCCAUUUGUUUGCUAUGAUGGUAGAGAGACUGCCACAGAGAGGUACAUUUUUAUCUAUAGUUUGAAAACCUGGUCAGAGGCUCGUAGUUACUGCAGAGAUCAUUAUACAGAUCUCGCCAAUGUGAGAAAUCAGACUGAGAACCAGAGGAUCCUUGAGACAGCAGUUGGAGGAGUCUGGAUCGGACUGUACAGAAACAGGAUUUGGUCAAACAGUCAGAAUACUACAUAUCAAAACUGGAGGCCACAAAUUCCUGGGUUACCGGCGCAACCAGACAAUGGCAACUCUCAAUAUUCUGAGUAUGGGUUUCAGCACUGUACUGCUGUAUCAUUCAGAUAUUCAGGCAGAUGGACAGAUGAGAUGUGUUUAUCCAGCAUGCCUUUCUUCUGCUACAGCAGAAGCUGCACACAAUCUUCAUGCACCCGUGAGUAUCACUUUGUGUCUGAGUCUAAGAGCUGGACUGAAGCUCAGACAUACUGCAGACAGAAUUACACUGAUCUGGCCACCAUUGAUAACAUGGAUGAAAUGAACAGACUCAUUAAAACAAUACGAGGAACUUACUUUGGAUCAACUUGGAUUGGACUCUAUGAUGAUAUAAACAGCUGGAAAUGGUCUCUGGAUAAUGCAACAUUAGAGGGAGGUUUUAAAAGCUGGUAUGUUCAACAACAAGAAAAUUCAGGUGGACAGAGUCUGUGUGUGUACAUGUCAAAUUAUCAGGGAACAUGGAGUGAAGCCUUUUGCUCCUAUCAGUAUCCUUUUGUUUGCUACGAUGGAAACGUGAAUGCUAGUUCAAGUUAUGUUUUGGUGUACGAGUAUAAACCCUGGAGUGAAGCUCAGAGUUACUGCAGAGAACAUCACACAGAUCUUGUCAGUAUCAGGAAUGAGAUUGAAAACUACAGGGUUCAGUUAUUACUUCAAUAUUAUUCAGUUGCUUGGAUUGGAUUGUACAGAACCAGGUCUUGGUCAGAUCAGAGCAACUCUUCAUUCAGUAACUGGAAGACAGGACAGCCAGAUAAUGCUGGAAACAGUCAAUACUGCACUGCAGUGUCUUUUAGUGACUCUGGGAACUGGACAGACGAAGACUGCAACAUUGCAUUACCUUUCAUUUGCUACAGUGCAGAGUCAGCAUCACCCCAUCAGUAUCACUUUGUGAAUGAGUCUAAAAGCUGGACUGAAGCUCAGACAUACUGCAGACAGAAUUACACUGAUCUGGCCACCAUUGAUAACAUGGAUGAAAUGAACAGACUGAUUAACACAGUUAAUGGAAGGUACAAUGGCUCAGCCUGGAUUGGACUGUAUGAUGAUAUAAACAGCUGGAGAUGGUCACUGGAAAACAAUGAUUUCUAUCAAGAAGGAGAGAGAGAUUUCAGGAACUUUUAUCACGAACCUAAUAACAAUUUUGGGAAUGAACUGUGUGUUUACAUGGAUAAUAAUGCAAAAUGGUUUGAUGGAUCAUGUGACAGUUAUAACUCAUUUAUCUGUUAUGAUGGCAGAAUAAACUCCUCUCAGCAGUAUGUUUGGGUAACUGAGGUAAGGACCUGGGCUGGAGCUCAGAGCUACUGCAGAGAGAAAUACACAGACCUGGCCAGUGUGAGGAAUGAGACAGAGCGUCAACAGAUACUAAACGUUAUGAGUAGUAAUUGGUAUUGGAAUAAUUACGGAUUUUCUGUGUGGAUUGGUCUGUACAGAAACAGACUGUGGUCAGAUCAGAGCACCUCUUCUUUUACAUAUUGGCUGCAAAACAGUCAAAGCUUUGCUGCACAACCAGAUAAUGGUGCAAAUGUCCCAGGAGAGGAGGGAGCUCAACACUGCACAGCUACGUCUUUACAAUAUUUUGGCCAGUGGACAGAUGAGAGCUGCUUUGACAGUCUGCCUUUCUUCUGUUACAGUGCCACCAAUUCAGAUGCAUACGUGAUGGGAAUGCAAAUAAAAGUUACAAGUCUUGAAAAUUUGUCUGAAUCUCAGAUUGAACAGCUUGUGAUUAUGCAGUUACAAGAGGAGCUGAUGAGGCUUGGACUUCCCAGAAACGUCACCAUGAAUUUAAGAGAUUAUCGUAAGAUUAAUCCUUGACAGAGAAUGUUUCAACGGACCUGUUAAAUCAGUAAAGGGCUUUGUAAGAAAAUGAAUGCAGCUUUAAUUUCAAUUUUAACAUUAACUGUAAAAUUGAGCUUACAGUA